AAAUAAAAUAAAAAAAACGAGGAGUAAACAAACAUACACCGGAUAUUCUCUUAAUCUCAAAGAGAAAGAAAACAUCAAUAAAUGAGAGAAAGAAUGGAAAUUACCAGAAAUACUUGACAACAUACAAAUUCAAGUUAUUUUUCUUGAGCAUAAAACAAUUAAUCAAAACAAAAAAGAAUGUCAAAUUCUAAAAAUUAUAAGAUGAAUGACCCUCCUACGGACCGCCCUGUUCGAGUUUAUGCUGAUGGAAUCUAUGAUCUCUUUCACUUUGGGCAUGCUCGAUCUUUGGAACAAGCAAAAAAAUCAUUUCCAAAUACAUAUUUGCUGGUAGGAUGUUGCAGUGAUGAAAUAACCCACAAGUACAAGGGGAAAACUGUUAUGAAUGAAGCUGAGCGAUAUGAAUCUCUUCGUCAUUGCAAAUGGGUUGAUGAAGUUAUACCCGAUGCGCCUUGGGUAAUAAAUCAAGAGUUUUUGGACAAGCAUAAGAUUGAUUUUGUGGCCCAUGAUGCUCUUCCUUAUGCUGAUACCAGUGGAUCUUGCAACGAUGUCUAUGAAUUUGUGAAAGCUGCUGGGAAGUUUAAAGAAACGCAAAGGACAGAGGGGAUAUCUACGUCUGACAUCAUUAUGAGGAUUGUUAAGGACUAUAAUCAAUAUGUGAUGCGUAACUUGGAUCGUGGAUAUACAAGAAAGGAGCUAAAUCUUAGCUAUGUGAAGGAGAAGCGGUUAAGAGUUAAUAUGAGGCUUAAGAAACUGCAUGAGAAAGUUAAGGAGCAGCAAGAAAAGAUUCAAACGGUGGCCAAAUCUGCUGGCUUGAAUCGUAAUGAAUGGGUUGAAAAUGCUGAUCGCUGGGUUGCUGGAUUUCUCGAGAUGUUUGAAGAAGGAUGCCAUAAAAUGGGAACAGCUAUUAGGGACAGAAUUCAAGAGCGUUUGAUGGGUCAGGCCAGAGGAUUACUGCCCAACGGAAACACCGAUGGUGAAGAGAGUGAAGAAUACUUCGAUGAUGAUCCUUACUAUGAUGAUGAUGAAGAGUACUACUACGAUGAAGACGAGUAUUAUGACAACGACGACGAUGAAGAAAAAGAGAAACAAGAAGAGAAAACAAACACCCAAGAAAACAAUGACGAGAAAAAGAUCAAAUCUGGGAAGAAAGAAGAAAACUGAGGUGGACAAUUGAAAUCAAUGGUGUAUUAUCGAAUGGAUAAUCGACUUAGUGUUUGCAAGGCUUUGUGUAAAGUACGACAUCUGUCGUGUUUUACAUUUUAUUUGCUAAUAUGAACGUAGAAACCGGUUCGCAAGAUGUAAGUUGAAGUUGGUUAGUUGAAAGUUUUACUUACUACAGCAUUCCCCCUCUUUUUUUUUUCAAGAUUGAAGGAUGUUGUUGUGAAAAAGGACAACAUUAAGUUCGGAUUGUUGCAUCUCUAUUUUUGGUCGUGUAGGGAUAAGCUGUUUAUGUGAAAUUUUAUAUACUAUUUAUUAUGACUUGUUGGUAUAAAAUCAAAGCUAGUAUACAAUCAAAUUGUUCUAUUUGUGCUUUGUGAUUAGCUUUUAUUUUUGUGCAUUACAAAAUAUUUAUGGGAAAUUAUCAAUGGUAUCCCUAUGUUUUUGCACUUUAUUAUUGAUAUCCUUGUGUUUUUUCGAUU